AUGCCAGACACAACUGCAUCAAGCGACAGCUCCGAUCCAUCAUCAGCAGCUCAAUUACUUGAAAAUGAUCCCAAGAUCAAAUCAAUUCUUGCUAGUGAUUCUUCUUUGGAAAUCCUCCUCAAUCGACUCAAACAAUCCUUAAACACUAGUGAGGAAUUCCUGAAGUUUUUGAGAAAGAAGGCCCAGAUUGAAGAUGACCACUACAAUCAGCUUCGUAAAUUCGCGGGUAAUUCGCGUACAGGGAUGAAAAAUCUGGGGAGCAGAUUAAAGAAUGAUUCGUUACUGGUUCAAUUGGACAAGAUUAUCAGUUUUGAUGAACAAGUUUACAAUGUUGGUAGCUCUUAUGUCAAAGGGUUGAACACCAUGUAUGAUGAACUUACUGCAUUGGUAGAGACAGUGGCCAAGCAGAGAAAAGCCAUCAAGGACGACGGUAAAAGAAGAGAAAAGGAGUGUAUGGACGCUAUAAGUGCAGCCCAGAAGGCAAAGACUAAAUAUGAUCACUUGUGUGAAGAUUUAGAUAGAUUGAAAACCAUGGAUCCAAGUAAGAAGUCAUUCAGUUUGAAAAACAAGUCAGUUGAACAACAGGAAGAUGAUCUUACACGUAAAGUGGAUACAGCUGAUCAAGAUUACAAAAGCAAAUGUACCACCUGCAAAAAGUUAAAGGAUGAGAUUUUAGUGAUCCACCGUCCAAACAGUUGCAAAAAAUUAAAGAAUUUGAUCUUAGAGUUGGACAUUGCUCUCAAUGUUCAAUUACAAAAGUAUGCAACCUGGAGUGAAACCUUAAUUAUGAACUCGGGAGUAUUAAUUAGUCCGUUACCACAAUCAAACAAACCUUCAAUGAGGAAAAUGGCUAAUUCAAUUGAUAAUGAACGAGACUUAUAUCAAUAUUUAUUAAGCAGUGCCUCAAGUGUAAGCACCAAUGGCACCCUUAUCCCUGUGGAAUAUCAGGUUCAUCCAACAUUGCGAAGAGCUAAUGAUAUAGGUAAACCGUUCUUAAAAAGUAAAGCUAAUAACUUUGGCAAUACUUCAACAUUUAGCAGUGGUGUCAACAAGCCCACUCCAGCUAUUAAUACUGACUAUAGAAAUGAUAAACCAGAACCAAUAGUGCCCCCCAAAGAAAUAUCUCCAGUCCCACCAGUGUCCACUACAAGUUCUUAUUAUCCAUCACUUGAUCCUAAAUUUACGCCAGCAAAUGCUGGACCUACCCCAGACUUGAAUGGACCAAAACCAUUGAUUGAACCUAUUGCAACCGCUCCAACGCACACCUCCCCACCUAAACCACAACUCACUCCUAGCCAACCUACAUUUGGUGUAUCCAUAGAAGAUGUUAUACAAUUUGCCGGAGUCGACAACGUCCCAUUAGUUGUGCGUAAGUGUAUUGAAAUCAUUGAAACAUACGGUCUCAACAUUGAAGGUAUUUACCGAACAAGCAGUAAUUCACAACAAGUUCAACAAUUAAGGGAUUUAAUCAAUGAAAACUUUACCAAUUACUUGAUGAUUGGAAAAGACAUCAACCCUAAGAAUGUCAUCCACACAGAAAUAUUCACGGUGGCAUCCUUGCUUAAAAUGUACUUCUCCAGUCUUCCAGAACCGUUGUUCACAGCCACGGCAGCACCAUCAUUCAUUGAAUGUGUAAAAUCCAACGAUGCAACCUACAUCGCCAAAAAGUUACACCAUUUAGUCUUUAAUUUACCCGAUGGAGCUUAUUUCACAUUGCGUGCGUUGAUUUUCCAUUUAAACAAAGUAGCGCAACAUGAACAGAGCAAUAGAAUGAACAGCAAGAGUUUGGCGAUUAUUUGGGGCCCAGCUUUGUUUAACCAAGAAAGUGAAAGCAUUGAUGAUUUAAGUUAUAAGAGUAAGGUUGUUGAAGAGUUAAUGUUGAUUGCUGAAGAUAUUUUUGAAUUGGAUGAUUAG